AUAACAACAUUUCCGGUACAUGACGUCACCGGAAAUAGAAAGAAAGUUAUUCAUCGAUUCGGGAGAGGUUUAAUGACCCGAUUAUUUCACAAACAAUGACUGUUUCAUUGCCAUCCUUUAAGUAAAGUGUAUCGGAUAUUUGAAGAAAUAUCUUGGACAAUCUCAAAAUAUUUUAGUAAAUAUGAACGGGCUUUCAAUAAGCGAACUGUGUUGUCUGUUUUGCUGUCCACCAUGUCCAUCAAAAAUAGCAGCAAAGCUGGCAUUUCUCCCACCAGAACCAACAUAUUCCUUAGUCCAGGAUGAAGCUGGAUCACGGUACAGCUUUCAUCUCACAGAUAGAGCAGAAUGGCAAUAUACCCAAAGAGAAUUAGACUGUAUAGAAGUGUUUCAGACAAGAACAUCGAAAGGAAAUAGGAUUUCGUGUAUGUUUGCAAGAUGUUCACCAAAUGCCAAGUUUACUAUGUUAUUCAGUCAUGGCAAUGCUGUUGAUCUCGGACAAAUGAGCAGCUUUUAUAUUGGACUUGGAAGCCGUAUAAAUUGUAAUAUAUUUAGCUUUGAUUAUUCAGGUUAUGGUACAAGUACAGGAAAACCUUCGGAGAAAAAUCUCUAUGCAGAUAUAGAUGCUGCUUGGCAAGCUUUACGGACUAGAUAUGGCAUAAGCCCACAAAAUAUAAUUCUUUAUGGACAAAGUAUAGGGACAGUGCCAACAGUUGAUUUAGCAUCCCGUUAUGAAGUAGCAGCAGUUGUGCUGCAUUCACCACUUAUGUCUGGUAUGAGGGUUGCUUUUCCAGAAACAAAGAGGACCUGGUUUUUUGAUGCCUUCCCAAGCAUUGACAAAGUGCAAAAGAUAACAUCGCCUGUGCUUGUAAUUCAUGGAACAGAAGAUGAAGUGAUAGACUUUUCUCAUGGACUAGCUAUACAUGAGAGAUGUCCCAGAACUGUAGAACCUCUCUGGGUAGAGGGUGCUGGUCACAAUGAUGUAGAACUUUACGGACAAUAUCUGGAGCGACUAAAACAGUUUAUCAGUGUGGAUCUAGCCAUGAAUUGACGUGAGGAGCAGGAAGUAGACAAAGACAGCUCAAAUAUAGCACAUCUUGAUGUAGUAACAGAGGUUGAAACUCUACUCUGAACAACAUAAAUUUGUAAUAUCAACUGUGGUAGAUUUUAACAUGGAAGUUUUAUCUUGCUUUACUGGAAAAAUUUAGAGUGAAUACUCAUCUGUAAAAAAAUAAACUUUAUAAGUCAAAUUAAAUUAUUGUCAGCAAUUAUUUCAAUUGCUUAAGUUACCUGUAGUUAAAUACCAAAGUAGAUUAGUUUGAAUUAAAGUUAAUAUGAAAGAAAUAUAGUAAGUUUCAUGGUAAAAUGAAGGCAUUUCCUUAGUUUAAAGGAAGGGAGAUGCAUAUCGAGUCAUGACAGGUGUCGUAAAUAAUUUGUUUUUUAAUUACAUUGUGUUUGCUUCUUAUCUUGUUGGAAACGGUAUUUAACAAAAGUACAUGUGUAGUAAACAAUCACAUACAUGUAGUGAUCCCACCUCAUUUAUACUAUUUCAUAAGAUUUUGGCCUAAUUCACUGGUCUGAUAUUUUAUCUCACAUAGAUAAGACAUUUUUUUCUGUCUUCACUGAGUUUCAGAUAAAAAGGUCAUACUAAAUGGCUUGCAAUAUUGAUAAAGUUAUCUUUUUUUACUGAUGACAUUCAAUUGAUAUUUUCAAAAACAUAUUUGAGUUUUUCAAAAAAAGUAAAAAAUCCAGACACUUACGGUAAUCAGACCAAAUUUUUGUUUAUUGUUUUUUGUGUUUAACAACAUUUAAAAUGCCUUACCAUAAUCAUAAUGUUUUAGCUUUACUUGAAGUACAGUUAAAAUUUGAAGUAUUUAACUACAGCUUAAUAAUGAUUGUGUGAUCUUUUGUUUAGAUUUUUAUUUUCGGUUGUUUUAAAAAAAGUGCAUUUAAUGGGGCAUGAUAAUGUACAAAGUAAUUUUGGGUAUGAAGUGUGUUAAAUUUUUCAUUAUUUUUAUCAUCUUGGAUAGACGUGUAUAUUAAUGAUGUGAUGGGUGGGGGGAGAUUCUGUAAAGACUAAAGUAAAGGCAAUGUAAAGACUCAAGACAAACUUGCUUGUCGUGAUGAUAGAAAGUUCUAUAUUACAUUAUAUGUAUCAUGUAAGUCCAGUUUGUUGGUGUGCAAGACUUAAGAAGAACUUGAUUGCCUUGAUGAUGAAUAGUUCUAUAAUAUUAAAGUCCAGUUUGUUGGCAUUAUAUUAAUAAUAGGGUUGGAGAAGUGUGUAAAUGCCUAGAACAGUUGAUUUGUUUGUUAUGAUUAAUAGUAGUUUGUAGUUACAGAAAUUGAUUUUUCUUUUAUUGUUUACAUUUAAUGAAAUACCUUUGUAUUUGAUAAUGAAUUAUUUUUGAAUAGAUACAUGUAGGUUUCUGUAUAGGUCCAUUGAAAAGUUUUUGCAUAUUUACCAUAUUGAUUUUAAAUUUUUAUGUCCCAUUUACAUGUAAAUGAUUUAUAUUUGAGAUAAUACAAUAAUAAUUUAAAAUGUUAUUUUGGGAACAACAAUAACAACAAUAUUCCAACAUAUUUAUUCAAUAACAAAAUAAAGAAGUCAAUUUGUAGUGCUAUCUUGACAAAAGUUAACUUUAUAGAUUGUUUUCUAAAUAAUCUCUGGUCAUGAAAUUUUGAUAUUUCAUUAAUUAACGAGAUGUUGAUAAGU